CGAGCGUGGAUCGAGGCGACGAGGAUUUUUUGUGCAGUGGCUUGGCUUCUCUCCCGGCCGCCAUGUCCGCAGCGGCCGCUGAUCACCGGGCUGGGUCUACGAGGAGGGAGAGGCGGAGGGAACGGAAGAAGCAGCGCCGCCGCCGCGCACGGAGGGAGGCCGCUGCGCUCGCGCGGGCUACAGCGGAGGCCGUCGCCGCCGACCCCGAGGUACAGCGCUGCCUCCGCAAGCUCGAGGAGGCCGAGGCCGAAUCAUCCGAGCGAGCGCGCCGUGCCUUCGAGGAAGCCGAGCGCCGCUGGCUCGAGGCUGCCGCCUCGCGUGCCGCGGAGAAGGCAGCUGCUGCUGCGGAAGCGGAGGCGAGGGCUCCCGAGACUUCCUCACGCAUUAAGUUUAAAGGUGACCACCCAGAUGAGUCAGAAGAAGAUGAUGAAUGGGAGUAUGUCGAAGAUGGACCAGCGGAGAUCAUAUGGCAAGGAAAUGAGAUCACCGUGAAGAAGAAAAAAGUCAAAGUACCAAAGAAGUCCAAGGAUAAACCACUAAUUCAAGAGGUUCAAUUUCUAUUGGAAGAGAGACCUACAUCAAACCCACUUCCACCUCAGUCUGUAGCUAUUUCUUCUCAGAGGAGAGAACCUUCCUUGUCUGCUCAAGAAGUACUUGAGAAAGUUGCUCAAGAGACUCCAAAUUUUGGAACAGAACAAGAUAAGGCCCAUUGCCCAUUUUACCUCAAGACGGCAGCCUGCCGCUUUGGAGUGCGCUGCAGCAGAGUUCAUUUCUACCCUGAUAAAUCAUGCACACUGCUUAUGAAAAAUAUGUAUAAUGGUCCAGGCCUUGCUUUGGAGCAAGAUGAAGGACUUGAGUUUACAGAUGAAGAGGUCGAACAGAGCUAUGAAGAAUUUUACGAAGAUGUGCACACUGAAUUUCUGAAAUUUGGUGAACUUGUCAAUUUCAAGGUAUGUAGAAAUGGAUCAUUUCAUCUUCGAGGAAAUGUUUACGUGCAUUACAAAUCCUUGGAUUCAGCUCUUCUUGCCUACAACAGCAUGAAUGGCCGAUAUUUUGCUGGAAAGCAGAUAACAUGCGAGUUUGUUGCCGUGACAAAAUGGAAGGCAGCAAUAUGUGGUGAGUACAUGAGGUCAAGAUUCAAGACCUGUUCACAUGGAGUUGCAUGUAAUUUCAUUCACUGCUUUCGCAAUCCUGGGGGAGAUUAUGAGUGGGCUGAUUGGGACAAUCCUCCUCCUAAACACUGGACUAGGAAGAUGGUCGCUCUUUUUGGCCCCUCAGAUGAUGCUUCUUUUGGCAAGGCAAGUGAUACCCCAGACUUUGAAUGGUCAUGUGAUUCAGACAGGAAGAGGCUGAGAAGUUCCGAUAAUAGUAGGCAUGUUUCAAGUAGAACGGAGGAUAAAGAUGCACAUAGACGACACUCAUCAAGAGAUUAUUCACAUUCAAAGCAUGAACUGAGCAGCCAUAUCAGGAAGUCUGGCCGCGAUCGACAUAGAAGAGAACCAUCUGCAGCGAAUAAGCAAAGAGACCAAAAGAAUGAAGAUAAUACUGAAAAACACUGUUCUGCCAUGGAAAACGAAAGAGUAUCUUAUACGCAUAUGUGUGAGGAAAGACAUCGAAAUUACCAUGACGAUGGAGGACGGCAAGAUGGUACUGAAAUCAAGUCUAGGAAGCACAGAUCUGAAUGGCAAGAAAGUGUGGAGCCUACUUCUGACUGGCCUUCAGAAUUCACUGAUGCAGGCACCAGCAAGAGUCCUUCACGCAGCAAGCCCACUGACAGAUACGAUUAUCACAAAAGGAGCAGGAUGCAAACUUUGGAGGAUCUCAAUGUUGAAAGCCACUAUUCCAGUGCCCACAGAUCAUCAGGAAAAGAGCACAGUAAAAAAAGGAGCUCGAGACAUUACAUAGAAGAUGACUCUUAUCAUGAGAAAGACAGUGGAAGAGGCAAAUCAAGAAAACACAGUAACCAUCAUGAUGACCCUGAUGAUAGAUGGCUAGCGACAAAUAGUGAUGUUGAUUCAAAUGCAGAAACUCAACAUCAAAGGUCAAUGGAUAGGGUUGGUAAGCUUGAAAAGAAUGAUAAUGCUCGUCCAGACACGGAUGAUCGGUAUGAAAGGUCCAGCAGCAGGUCUACUAAGUCGAGAAAGAAGGAUGGCAAGAGCAGUAGGAAACGGAAGUAUGACGAUGAAAACACGAAGGACAGCGACAGCGAUGGCGAUACGUCAGACUCGAAAGACACGAGGGAUUUGAGUUCUCAUGAUCACGCAUGGAGGAGUCGAUCAAGAAGCAGCGAGAAGGAUCUUCCGUUGCACAGAUCUAGGAGGAAGUGAAGUCAUGGUAGUCAUGAUUCAUGUUGCCACAAAAAUAUCUCAUGAUUUGCCCAUGUGCUGGCGUGCUGCCUACAGAUGCCAGUAGCUCUAGUCGUGUAGGUCUCUUCCCUCUUGCUGGUGAGAGGUUCUUUUUCGUAGAGCUCUCUUGAUGGAAGGCUUAUUAUAAUUUGUUUCCGUGCUAAUCUAGAGUUAUCGAUAUCUAGGAUUUGGGACAACAUUAUAGAGUUAAUCUAGAGUCAUCAAUGAAGGUAUUAGCCACAAAAUCAGUAUUGACCUUUUCUUUUCUUUUGUCUUCGUAGCAACAACUUUAUAACAUCGCUGCACUCUUUGGAUUUGGCGGAGGUGCUUCGAUGGAGUUGCAUAUGAAAUUAUUUGCAAAUACACUACGGACGGAGGGGGAUCUUUUCUUUCUCUCUCCAUCGAUUCAUGCUGUGUGAAAUUUUGAGUUCAUCACAAGGAUGCACGAUA